GCAGGCAGACCCAAGCCGAGACGCAUCUCUUCCUUCUCCGUCGGCCGAGCGGCAUCCGCAUCUGUGCUGUGCCCCUCGAAAGUUGCGGGAAAUCUCGGUCGGCUUCGCUCCCGCCCCCCCCCCCCGCCAUGGAGGAAGCCAAGGUUGUGGAGUCCAAGGACGGAACAAUCUCAGUUGCUUCCGCAUUUGCUGGUCAUCAGGAAGCUGUACAAGACAGAGACCACAAAUUUUUAUCAAAGGCGGUUGAAGAAGCAUACCGAGGAGUUGAUUGUGGAGAUGGAGGGCCGUUUGGUGCAGUUGUUGUCCGCAAUGAUGAAGUAGUAGUUAGUUGCCAUAACAUGGUUUUGAACCACACCGAUCCAACCGCGCAUGCUGAAGUAACUGCAAUAAGAGAGGCUUGCAAAAAGCUUGGAAAAAUUGAGCUGUCCGAUUGUGAAAUUUAUGCAUCCUGUGAACCAUGCCCAAUGUGUUUUGGUGCUGUUCAUCUUUCCCGGAUUAAGAGGCUGGUGUAUGGAGCCAAGGCUGAAGCUGCUAUUGCCAUUGGGUUCGAUGAUUUCAUUGCUGAUGCUCUCAGAGGAACUGGGUACUACCAGAAGGCCAACAUGGAGAUAAAGAAGGCAGAUGGAAAUGGAGCCUUGAUUGCGGAACAAGUCUUUGAGAAGACUAAAGAGAAGUUCCAGAUGUACUGAUAAAUUCUUGGUUGAUUUAACAUUCCGAUAGGCCUCUGAUGCUAAAUGAAUAAUGCAAGUUUCGGUAUCAUGUCAAUUGUGGGCCUUUAUACUGUCAAUUUGAAUAUAUUUGAUUUCUCGUCGUGCUUCUAUGUCUGACAAACAAGAACGGUGUCAUUCUUUGUCCUUGUUCA